AUGGCCUGUCACCUAGUAAAUGACAUACGGUGUGAGCAUAUGAACGCCUCAUCUGCGAUGGAAAACUUAAGCCUGGCCACAAAUCAUUCAGAAUGCUACUCGGUUGACAGCGCGUCCAGGAGGAGGUCAUUUCUGUUUUUCUACCUGGCGAUCAUCAUCACUGCCAUCCCGUCCAACGCCUUCUCCCUCUACGUGUCCUGGCAGCACAUUAGACAGAAGAACGAGCUCGGUGUGUAUCUAUUCAAUCUGGCCCUGAGUGACCUGACCUUCACCAUCGGCCUCUCUCUGUGGCUCGACUUCCAUUGGAAAGGAGCUUGGGCCCACGGCGGCUACGUGUGUGUGCUGUCUGUCUGCUCUCUCUUCACUAACUUUUACACCAGCGAUGCUUUCCUCUGCUGCAUCGCUGUUGACCGCUACCUGGCAGUGGUUCACCCAUUAAAGUUCACUUUCUUGAGGAAAGUCGGCACUGCAGCAGCGGUCAGCGUUGCCAUUUGGGUGUUGGUGGUCUGUUUCAACGCCGCCACCAUCACCUGGGAGGACUCGUACCAUGAAUACAACAAGUUUUCACUGUGCUUUGAUAUUUUCCUCCCGAUGUCAGAGAACCUGGCUCGGGUUAAUGUAGCACGCUUCAUCCUGGGUUUCAUUAUUCCCUUUCUCCUGUUGGUGUUUUCCACCUGGGGGAUCUGUGAGGCGGUGAAAUCCAACCAGGCCACAGAGGAACAGGAACGUAAACGGAUUUCGAAGUUGCUGACAGUAGUUCUGCUCUGCCUUUUGUUCUGCUUCGGACCUAUCCACGUCAUGAUGCUCCUCCGCACAUUAUGGGACGACUGCAGGAACGUUGCAUGGCUCCUUUAUCCUUACAAGAUCAGCAUAGCUAUCUCAUGCCUCAACUGCCUUGCUGACCCUCUCCUUUACUGCUUCAUCACUAGAACGGGGAAGGCAAAUGUCAAUCAGGUUGUUCUCUUCUUCCAGGUAAAGAAGAGGAGUAAAGAUGAAGAUGUGGUGUAGGUUAACUAAAGUGCGGGACUAAAUCAUGUCACAACCUUGUGGUAAACCUUACUGUUAGACAUUAAACAGUGAUCCUGGAGUUGGCAACACAAUUACAGACACUGCUUCAAAUGUAAGACAGUUGUUAAAUGGCAAAAGUUGUCUGAUAUUAAAAGGACAAAGCUGGCGUUGUUUAUAUUUUUCUUACUGUCAACUAAUCUCAUUAAAAGACCAACACUAACAAUGGAUUAAUCUGUCUUUUUCAACUUGCCCCAACCCCGUCAGUGGUGGAAGAAGUAUUCAGAGAGCUUACUCAAGUGAAAGUAUGUAUGUAUUAUCAGCAAAAUUUUGUAUUAAAAGUACUCAU